AUGUGCCCUCCUAAGUUCUGCCACAAGUGUUACAAGCUUGCUUUAAGAGGAGGCACACGCCUUGCAAUCAAUGUGUGGCCUCCACACAAACGCACUGGAAACUGUAAGAUCUGCAGUUUCUUUAAGGAUCAACAGAAACCUGCUUCCAACCUGACCCAGCCUCACUCUCAUUCUCUGAGGAGGAAUGGAAGGCUGACAUGGAACAAUGCAAUCCCAGAAAAUAAAGUGCACAUAAAACUUGGAGGAGAUGCUGGUGGUGGGUCAUUUAAAAUGGCCUUCCAGAUUGCUAACCUGAGGCUUCCAAAUUCUAAAACCAACACAGUGGUCUUUGCCAUGUUCCAUGCAAAAGAUAGUUGGGCUAAUUUAAAGACAGCCUCAAUGAAAUAUAAAGAACAAGUAAACACCUUGAAAGAAGCAACCUGGGGAGGUAAAAAGAAAGUGGUUUUCCUGUUUGGUGACUAUGAGUUCCUAUGCAAGCUAUUUGGAAUAGCUGGUGCCUCAGGCAAAUAUCCAUGUCUUUGGUGCAAGAUAAAUCAUGAAGUAAUGCAAGUCUCUUGCCAUAAACAUGGGCAUGCUGAAAAACGAAGUCUUGAAAACAUUCAAGAGGAUUAUGAUAAGUUUGUAGCAGAUGGCUCUGUUACAAGUCGACAGAAGUUUUAUCACAAUGUGAUUCACGAGAAACUGCUGGAAAUUCAAUUGGACAAAGUUUGUGUUCCUGGACUUCACAUUAGCUUGGGUGUGUUUAAGAAACUGUUUGACGAACUAGAGAACCAGUGCUUUGAGCUGGACAAAAUAUUUUAA